UUUUGUAGUUCAAGAUGGCAGCCGAAGUUGCAGCAGCUCUUGGCGAGAAAAAACGAGUUAGAGUCUUUAUGAACCACGUAGAUUUAUACACAGGCAAGAAUAUUAGUAAGUUAUUGUCACGCUCAGUGGUGGGUGCUACCUCAGAAGAAGACGUAAAUGAUGAAGAGUCUGUUGCUAGUGGAGCACCGCAAGUUCCAAAAGAUGAAUGCUACCAAAUAGUUGGUACUCUGCAUGAUUCAACGAAAACAAAACCUGAAUGGGUAGAUGAAACAUUUGAGUACAAAAAUAAAGAAGAACUAUUACCGUUCCUGCUUGCAUGUGACAUUAUUGUAUAUGAUAUUAAUGGACAGCCAGAUCAAGUAGACGAGGCAACAUGGGCCGUCUCAGCUCUUCAUGCAGAGCUGGAGAAUUUUAAAGACCUAAAACUGUUCAUUUGCUUGUCUACCGUGAUGACUUGGGCGCGGAGUAAACCAUUGGAUCCCGACGACCCAGAGAUCCCAUUUACUGAAGAUGACUACAGACGUCGCCGUGCCCACCCAAACUUUAAACCCCACAUCAGCGCAGAGAAGCUUGUUAUCAAAUUUGGCAAGACAAACAAAGCCAAGUUUAUAACCUAUGUGGUAGCGCCUGGAUUAACGUAUGGCGGCGGGGAGGAUAUUUUUCAUUUCCUUUUCAAAACCGCUUGGCAUGGCCAGGCACCAGCUCUGCAGUGCUUUGGAAAUGGCGACAAUAUUGUACCAACUAUUCACAUCAAUGAUUUAGCUAGUGUGGUGGUGAAUAUAUGUGACCAACAUCCUAAGGUCAGGUACAUGGUGGUCGUAGAUGAGUCCAAGAACACGCUAGAGGAAAUAGUAAAGGCUAUCAGUCUUUCCCUUGGAACUGGAAGAAUGAAGAAAAUAAGUAAAGAAGAAGCUCUAUUGAUUAAAGAACUUGAGGCUGGUCUUGUCGAUAACAUUGAAAGGGUUAUCAAAGAAUACAAAGAAACCAGAGGAUUAUUGCCAAUCCGUGCGUGUAUCCUGGGACCCCCAGCAUCUGGCAAAACACUUGUUAUCAAGCAGCUUUGUGACCAUUACAAACUGCACCAUAUCAAAAUACAGAAUGUCAUCGAUGAAGCUAUCGAGAAACUGCAACAAAGUGCAGCUCGAGCUGACCAAGAUGGUGAUGAAGAUGACGACAUCAAAGCACAGGAAGACCAAGAACUGCUUGACGCCCUAAUAGAGAGCAAAGACCAAAACAAUGGACAUUACGAGGAUCAGUAUAUUAUUCGUUUUUUCAGGGAUAAACUCCAUUCUAUGCCCUGUCAGAACCAGGGGUUUAUCAUGGAUGGCUACCCAAAAACCUAUGAACAAGCGAAAGAACUCUUUGCAGUUGAAGAAGGUGAAGCCGAAGAAGAAGAUUCAGCAGUCAACUACGAUAAAUUAAUAAUGCCAGAGGUAAUCGUUUCGCUCGAAGCUUCUGAUGAUUUCUUGAAGACUAGAGUAAUGAACCUACCGGAAAGUGUUGUUGCAGGCACACACAAUACAGAAGAAGGAUUAAUGAGACGUCUGAAUGAAUACCGGGCCAUUAACACAGAAGAUGAAACCGUGCUGAAUUACUUCGAUGAACUGGAGUUCCAUCCAGAUCACAUAGACAUCUCUGCUGAUUCAAGCCCCAAGAUGACAGAUACUGUUGAAGCCAUUAAGAAACUCAUUGGGGAACCUCGCAAUUAUGGCCCAACACCUGAAGAAAUUGCCGAGAUGGAGAGGAUCAAGAUCGAGAAGAGGCUCGAACAAGAAAGAAUAGAAAGGGAGGAACGAGAACGAAUGGAGGCAGAAGAGGCCGCCCAGAAUUCACUGAGACAAGAGGAAUGGCGUGUUCGACUUGCAGAGGUCAAGAAACAGGAGCAAGAAUUGCUUGAAAACCAGUCCAUUCCACUGAGAAACUACCUGAUGAAACACGUUAUGCCAACACUUUCCCAAGGGUUGAUAGAAUGCUGUAAAAUCCGACCUGACGAUCCAAUUGAUUUUGUGGCUGAAUAUUUGUUUGAAAACAAUCCACAAAUCGACUAGAAACGUCCAGUAAUUUCUACUUUGUACAAUUGUAUAUAAAAUAAUAUCCUAUUGCGAAACAUUGUCACCGGGAGGUUUGGCCCUGUUGUCGUACCAAUGGUACACCCAUUAGUUCUGUAUGUAUUUCAACCUGGUUUUCUGUUUGUUGAGAAGAAAUAAAAAUAUUAAUAAAAAAAGG